AUUAGUUGAGCCAGUCGACAGCCUGCAGCCAGCCAGUCUGGGCUGCUCCCGAUGAGCCGCAAGGAAAUCAAAGCGCGGUGGCCAAAUCCUUCCCGAUGAUCUCUGCAGUGGGGGCUCCUCUCUGAAGCCCCUUUCCCUGGGGGGAGGGCGGCUGGUGAGCGUGUGAUCCCCUCCCUCCCUCCCCCAGCCCCCCAUUUCGGGUGCCUUUGGCUGAGCCCGGAGAAUGGGGUUCGAGCUGGACCGCUUCAGCGGGGAGGUGGAUCCGGACUUCAAGUGCAACCUGUGCAACAAAGUUCUGGAGGACCCGCUGACCACCCCGUGCGGCCAUGUGUUCUGCGCGGGCUGCGUGCUGCCCUGGGUGGUGCAGCAGGGCCGCUGCCCGGUGCAAUGCCAGCGCAUCUCCACCAAGGAGCUCAACCACGUCCUGCCGCUCAAGAGCCUCAUCCUCAAGCUGGACAUCAAGUGCGAGCACCACGCCCGGGGCUGCGGGCAGGUGGUGAAGCUGCAGCAGCUGGGCGCCCACGCCGAGCGCUGCGACUACUCGCCGGCCCGCUGCCGCCACCCGGGGUGCAGCGAGGUGCUGAACCGGCGCGACCUGGACGCCCACAUGCGGGAGAGCUGCGAGGCCAGGCCGGUGGGCAUCUGCGAGCGGGGCUGCGGCUUGGUGCUGACCCACCGGGAGCAACGCGCCGGCGGCCACGGCUGCCUGGAAGCCCUGCAGGGCCACAACAGCUGCCUGCAGGCGAAGGUCGGCGGGCUGGAGAAGGAGCUGAAGAAGGAGGCGCUGCGGGCCGGCAAGCGGGAGAAGUCGCUGCUGGCCCAGCUCUCGGCCGUGCAGCUGGAGCUGCAGAUGACAGCGCUGCGCUACCAGAAGAAGUUCACGGAGUACAGCGCCCGCCUCGACUCGCUCAGCCGCAGCCUGGCCGCGCCGCCCUGCAAGGGUGAAGAGACUAAAGCACUGACUCUUGUCCUUCAUCGUGACUCUGGCUCUCUUGGAUUUAAUAUUAUUGGUGGCCGGCCAUGUGUGGACAAUCAAGAUGGCUCAUCUAGUGAAGGAAUUUUUAUAUCGAAAAUAAUUGACAGUGGGCCUGCUGCUAAAGAAGGAGGGCUGCAGAUUCACGACAGGAUUAUUGAGGUAAAUGGAAAAGAUUUAUCUAAAGCAACGCAUGACCAGGCAGUGGAAGCAUUCAAAACAGCCAAAGAGCCCAUCGUUGUGCAGGUCCUGAGGAGAACCCCACGCACUAAGAUCUUCAGUCCUUCACAUGAGUCUCAUCUGGUAGAUAUGGGAACCCAGACCGAUAUAACCUUUGAACACAUCAUGGCUCUAACCAAGAUGGGAUCCCCUCCUCCAUCAGUCUCAGUUCUAGAUCCAUACCUCUUACCUGAGGAUCAUUCAUCAGUGCAUGAAUACUAUGAUCCGAAUGACUACAUGGGAGGCAUUCAUCAAGAAAUGGACAGAGACGAGUUAGAAUUAGAGGAAGUGGACUUGCAUAGAGUGAACAGUCAGGACAAGCUCGGACUUACUGUAUGUUAUCGAACUGAUGAUGAAGAUGACAUUGGUAUUUAUGUUAGCGAGAUUGAUCCCAACAGCAUUGCUGCGAAAGAUGGUCGCCUGCGGGAGGGAGAUCGCAUUAUUCAAAUUAAUGGCAUAGAGGUACAGAACCGAGAAGAAGCUGUGGCACUUCUAACCAGUGAAGAGAGCAAGAAUGUCUCCUUACUUGUAGCAAGACCAGAAAUCCAGCUGGAUGAAGGAUGGAUGGAUGAUGACAGAAACGAUUUUCUGGAUGACUUACACAUGGACAUGCUAGAAGAACAGCACCACCAGGCAAUGCAGUAUACUGCCAGCAUGCUUCAGCAGAAGAAGCAUGAAGAAGAUGGAGGCACCACAGACACUGCCACUAUCUUAUCUAACCAGCACGAGAAGGACAGCGGUGUGGGACGCACAGAUGAGAGCACACGAAAUGAUGAAAGCUCAGAGCAGGAGAAUAACGCCGAUGAUCACACCACUUCCUCUAACACUUUAGGAAGCCAGAAGAAGCUGGUGUACAGUCAUGACACUCUAGGAAGUGGUGACAUGCAGUUCAGCAACGAGUCAUUUAUCUCAGCCGACUGCACAGACACAGACUUCCUCAGCAUCCCAGUGGAUGAAUGUGAGAGAUUCCGUGAACUGCUGGAGCUGAAGUGCCAAGUCAAGUCUGCCAACCCAUACAGUCUGUAUUAUCAUAACAGUGCCCUGGAUAUAAGUAAGAGUGACCACGAAAGUGUUGACAGGGAGCUGGAGAUGCUGAAUGAGGAGCUGCGGAAUAUUGAGCUGGAGUGUCUGAAUAUCGUGAGAGCUCAUAAAAUGCAACAGCUGAAGGAUCAAUACCGGGAGCCCUGGAUGCUCCAUCACAACGGAUUCCGUAACUACAACACAAGCAUUGAUGCGCGCAGGCACGAGCUCUCAGACAUUACAGAGCUCCCUGAGAAAUCUGACAAGGAUAGCUCGAGUGCGUAUAAUACAGGCGAGAGCUGUCGCAGCACACCGCUCACGCUGCAGAUUUCCCCUGACAAUUCACUGCGCAGAACUGCAGAAGGCAGCAGUUGUCAAGAUAAUGAGGGGGCAGUGGCAUACGUCUCCCAGAAGAAUUUGCUACCUAGCUCAGAAAGUCACGAAUCCGACUCUGCUAAAUAUCUCUCAUCACCUAAAGAUCCAGACCUUGGAAAGCAGCUGGAAAGCAAAGAGAGAAAAGCCAGUGAUGGAAACAAAAGCCCAGCUCAAAAACUGGCUGGCUCCUACAUCUCUCCAUACCAUCACUCUCCCUAUAAACACGCUCAUAUCCCAGCCCACGCCCAGCACUAUCAGAGCUACAUGCAGCUGAUACAACAGAAAUCAGCCGUGGAAUAUGCACAGAGCCAAAUGAGCCUAGUGAGCAUGUGCAAAGACUUUAAUUCUUCAAGCCAGAGUGAACCCAGGAUGGAAUGGAAAGUCAAGGUCAGGAGCGAUGGAACCCGUUACAUCACAAAGAGGCCGGUCAGGGACAGGCUGCUGAGAGAACGUGCCAUAAAGAUUAAGGAAGAGCGCAGUGGUAUGACGACAGAUGACGACGCUAUAAGCGAGAUGAAGAUGGGCCGCUAUUGGAGCAAGGAGGAACGGAAGCAGCAUUUGGUGAAAGCGAAGGAGCAGAGGAGGAGGCGUGAGUUUAUGAUGCAGAGCAGGUUAGAUUGUUUAAAGGAACAGCAAGGUGCCGAAGAAAAGAAAGAGAUGAACAUCAUUGAACUGAGCCACAAAAAAAUGAUGAAGAAAAGGAAUAAAAAAAUCUUUGAUAAUUGGAUGACAAUCCAAGAACUCUUAACCCAUGGCACAAAGUCCCCCGAUGGCACAAGAGUGUACAAUUCCUUCCUGUCAGUGACUACUGUAUAAUCACCAUUGCUGAAUUAUGUACAUAAACCGCUACCAUUGGGGUAGAAAUCCCUGCCUCGUUCAAUGUGGCAAGUUUUUUUGUAUAUAAGAUACAGUCAUCAACUUUAUAAUUAAAGUACUGAAUUCUGCAACUUCGGGUGCCAACAUUCUUCAUUGGAAAGUGGAGACAGACCCCCCCAUCCCUUCUGAAGGCAAUAUUAAUGCAACUUUUUGGAAUACUGAUUGUACUUUUUUACUUAUUACCUUUUACAUCAAGUGUUUCAAUAUCAGAAAACAUAGUAACCGUACGUAAGCAGAUAAUUUGUUUAAACUGUAUUCAUAUAAAAGGUUACACAUGCUUUUCUUUGCCUAAAAACACAAAAGCAACCUCAAAUAUGUAUUUUUAUGAAACCAUAUUUUGUGAUAUUACUUUGCUGUUGUGCACUUCUGCACACACUGCUGUUUAUCAAUAUUUAGCUCAAGGUUAAUCGCAAAAGUAUUGAACUCCUGAUAGAGUCACUCUCCUGUAAUAUUUAACAUUUAUCAAACCAGCAGGCUUUAGAGUUAAGAUCAGCAUUUAAACAUUUUUCUUUUUAAAGGUAUCUAAAGGAAAUAUAUAGGUUUCAGCUGAAAGGCCCGAUGCAAAGUACACUAUACUGCAGCUUUAAAGGAUUUUAAAGCAUGUUUGCAAGUGUUGCAACCUGUUGAAAGAAUGUGCAUGUACAGCUAAGUUGUUUACACAAAACAGUUUGUGUAAUUUGAAAUGCCCAUUGUAGUAACUGUUUGCUUUGUAGAUUUGAAUGUACUGAAUUAUAAAAGCAGUUUCAUUAAAUCAUUAGUUACAAACAUUAACAAGUAAAUAAAUUAUUGUUUUAUAUUUCA